UUUCUCUUUCCCGCCGUGCCCCGGUGUCAUCCGUGUCCGGCAGUAUGAGAGCCAUCUACUUGAUCCUCCUCGGCGUUGUCGCCGUGAGCGCCCAACGUCGUUUAGCCUUGCCUGACCCGCGAAGUUGCGCGAAUCGCGUUCGUCACUCGACGUAUAGGGAUGGCAGGGGGGUCGUACACUCGUACUUCUUCAGCUGGGAACACGGUCCGACCAGGAGUCUCGAGGUGGACUGGCUGGACGCUCGCAACAUCUGCCGUCGUCAUUGCAUGGACGCAGUGUCCCUGGAGACCCCUCAGGAGAACGAAUUCGUCAAGCAGAGACUAGCGAGAGCUAACGUGAGAUACAUUUGGACGUCGGGCCGUAAAUGCAAUUUCAACGGCUGCGACCGACCCGAUCUUCAGCCCCAGAACGUUAACGGAUGGUUCUGGUCCGGAUCCGGCGCCAAGAUCGGGCCGACAAGCCAACGCAACUCCGGAGACUGGAGCAACACCGGUGGAUACGGUCAACCGCAGCCAGACAAUCGUGAGGCUGCACAGGGUAACGACGAGUCCUGCCUGUCCAUCUUAAACAACUUCUACAACGACGGAAUCAAGUGGCACGACGUGGCCUGCCAUCACGUGAAGCCUUUCGUGUGCGAGGAUAGCGACGAACUCCUCAACUUCGUCGCGUCCCGAAACCCAGGAAUCCGUCUGUAAGAGGAUUUGACUACGGAUGGACUCGGGCGACCACACCAUCGCGCAUCGAAUGCGAAAAUUUGAACGCGACGGUAUUUCAUGCGCACCGCGUACUCUUCCCCCUCUCGUCGUACGUUUAUUAUUUAUAAUUUACUCUAACCGAUAUUCUCUCUGUCUCUCGCUCUCUCUUUCUCUCUCCCUCCCCCCCCCCCCUCCUCUCUCUCUUACUCUCUCUAACGGGCCGCGAUUGUAGUGUUACGCAAUUCACUGUAAGCGAGAAAAUCCGAUUGGUAGCUCGAAGUAGGCGGUAAAUGCAUUUAGUGUUGUAUACGCGCAAAUUUUUGGUAAUUUCCUUUUAUAAUCCCUUUCGUACGUGAAUAAAUGCAUUUUCUCAUUUGUA